AUGUGUUUAGGUCAGGCUAUUAAACAUCUUACUUUCAGUUUAUUAACAUCGCAAAUACGCAUUCGAGUUGGAGAAUACGACUUUUCAAGUGUGCAAGAGGAUCUGCCGUAUGUUGAACGUGGAAUUGCUAAGAAAAUAGUUCAUCCCAAAUAUAACUUUUUCACUUACGAAUACGACUUAGCUCUUGUGAAGCUUGACAAAUCCUUGGAAUUUGCUCCGCAUAUUUCUCCGAUUUGUCUCCCCGCGUCUGAUGAUCUCCUUAUAGGAGAAAACGCUACCGUAACAGGAUGGGGAAGGCUUAGCGAAGGUGGAACGUUGCCUUCAGUUUUGCAAGAGGUACAAGUGCCCAUCGUUAGCAACGACCGCUGUAAAAGCAUGUUUUUACGAGCCGGAAGACACGAAUUUAUUCCUGAUAUAUUUCUCUGCGCCGGCCACGAAACGGGAGGACAGGAUUCGUGUCAGGGAGAUUCAGGAGGUCCAUUACAAGUUAAAGGAAAGGACGGAAGAUAUUUUCUAGCGGGUAUUAUAUCAUGGGGAAUAGGAUGUGCCGAAGCAAAUUUACCGGGUGUAUGUACGCGAAUAUCUAAAUUUGUCCCAUGGAUACUUAAAAAUGUAACUUAGAUUGUACCCAACAUUAUUUUAAAGCAUUCAAGAUUGUAUAUCAUUAGCUAUAAAGCUCUCUACAGUCAUAUCAGGUGAUAUAUUAUAUUAUUAAAGCUUAAUAUAGGUGUUAUUGCGAAAUUUGAAAGCAUAAGUAGUCAAUAUGAGCUCCUUAGAUGUCGUUUAUGAACUCAUAAUGGAAUUCCAUGCUGUUCUGUUAAUUUGUUCUCCAAGUGCAGUCUGCCAUGCCUGCAUUUAUUAGAGACGUGUUGUUCAUAAAUGGAUUACUCAAAUAGGAAAUUAAAAGCCAGAGCGCGUCCGCGUUGGGGCGCCUCGAUUAAACAUAAAAGGUUUUCUAUCUUCCGCUCGUAUCUGAAGAGUUUAUUGCGAAGAUUUAGGUUAUAACCGUUUGUAUUUUUGACGUCUGCGAGGAUGAGAAAUGCAAUUAAGUUAGAUUUAGGAUGUUCAAGAUAAGAAUGUUAAUAAAUAAGUCGUUCCUAUUUUUAAUGUUUAAAAAGCAAUUAACUCGCCGUGAAAAGUGUGAUCACCAAGUCAUUUAAUUUUAAGAUGUGCCUUAUGGCACGUAGUCAUAAGUCAAAAUGCACUAAACUGGAGUAUUUAUGCUACUCUCCUACAUAAAUAGUUAUGCUUUCGUAUAAUGAUAACGGAAUGUGUGAAGUGAUAAACAGUUUCAGCGUUGGACAUUUUCUGUUAAAGAAACUAUUCUUUAUUAGCGAAUAUAUUUGUCUAUUCAAACGGUGCUGUUACUCAUUAAGUACUGAAUUUAAAUGGUCUGUAUCUUUAUUAGCUAUAGUUUUGUAAAGUUUGUAUAUUGUAUCGUUUAUUUAUCAUUGUAAAGGAUCCAAAGAUAA